AUGGGCCAAGAUGGGCCGAAAAAGAUUGCAAUAAUCAGCGUGUGUUCUCUCCUCCUGGUAGCGCUCAUCGUGGCAGUUCUAUUCGCCGGCCACAACACCCCUAGCAAUAACAAGGUCAAACCAAACACUUCGCAGAAGGCCAUCGCGGCCAUCUGCCAAACCACCGAUUACCAUGACACCUGUUUCAAAAGCCUCGACGGCCAAAACUCCUCCGACCCCAAACAGCUCAUCCAGGCUGCCAUGCAGUCCACCAUCGCUUACCUCAGAACUGCCCUCCAAAACUCCACCGCUCUCAAACAAGCCCAGACCGAUCCCCGUGCCCGCGCUGCUCUAGAUGACUGUGGCGAGCUUGCCAACCUCGCCAUCCACGAUCUCGACAGAUCCUUCGCCAAGUUCAGCCAGUUCGACAUCACCAACGUCGACGACAUCCUCAUGGAGCUCAAGACGUGGAUCAGCGGCUCCAUGACGCACCAGGAGACCUGCCUCGACGGAUUCGAGAAGGUCGACAGCGACGCCGUGGUGCAGAUGAAGCAACUGCUCAACGCCUCCAUGGAGAUGACCAGCAACUCGCUCGCUAUGGUUGCCGAGAUCUCCAUUUUUCUCGAGUCCGCCAUGGGCAUCCAAGGUGCCAGCGGUAGCCGCCGUCUCCUCUCCGAGCAAGACCUUGUUGUGGAGGAGUACGACAGCUGGAUUGACGCCGUCAAGCGGAGGUUCCUCACCGUCCCAGCAGCCAAGAUUAGGCCGGACAUCAUCGUGGCCAAGGACGGCAGCGGCAGGUUCAAAACCAUCAAUGAAGCUCUCCUCCACAUCCCUAAGAACAACAAUAAAGCAUUCGUUCUCUACAUCAAAGAGGGUGUUUACGCAGAGCAGGUGAUGAUCAACACCUCCUUCACGAACCUCAUGAUCAUGGGCGACGGCCCCACCAAGACCAGGAUCACCGGAAACUUGAAUUUCGUCGACGGAGUUGGCACCUACAGAACCGCAACUGUUGCCGUGCAAGGGGAUGAUUUCAUAGCGAGAGACAUAGGCUUCGAGAACGCAGCGGGCGCAGUGAAGCUUCAAGCCGUAGCUCUGCGCGUAAGCUCAGACAGAUCCAUAUUCUACAAUUGCCACAUUGAUGCCUACCAAGACACCCUCUACGCGCAUGCCUACCGCCAAUACUACAAAGACUGCGUGAUAUCCGGCACGAUCGACUUUGUCUUCGGCGACAGCGCUUCCGUCUUCCAAGGCUGCACGCUGCUGUUCCGGAAGCCAUUAGCAACCCAGCAAAACAUCGUGACGGCUCAUGGCAGGAAAGACGCGAGGCAGCCGACGGCGCUGGUGCUCCAAAACUGCACGUUCAAAGCGGAUGCAGAGCUAGAGCCGGUCAAGCACCAGGUCAAGUCUUACCUGGGCAGGCCGUGGAAGGAAUUCUCGAGGACCAUCAUCAUGGAGUCGUUCCUCGACGACUUCAUCCAGCCCGACGGAUGGAUGCCGUGGGAAGGCGAAUUCGGUCUUCAAACCCUCUUCUACACCGAAUUCAACAACCGAGGGCCGGCUGCGCCCAAGGCACAACGCGUCAAAUGGCCGGGCGUGAAGGAACUGCCGCCGGCUCGCAUCAAGCGUUUCACGGCGGGGGAGUUUCUUGAUGGAAACAGGUGGAUACCGAAGCAGAAGGUGCCGUACGCAGCGGGAUUCAUCUUUCCUGUGCCUAAGGAAGAUCCCAACAUUAAGUACUCCCCUGUUUCGACGGAGGAGACCAAAGAUUUGGGAUCUAUUGCAGAUAGAAAGAGAAAACUUCCACUACCUCAACAUCAGGGACCUGCUGCUGCUCCAGGUUUCUCUCCCCACUCAAGCAUAGCAGCCUCACCGAUGCAAGCCGCCUCGCCUUACCCUCUCGGCUAUGGCACAGACGCCACGGCUCCUGUUGGCAAUUGGGAUUCGGAAACUGGGGAAUUGUUUAUAGAUCUCUCUCCAGCCCCGGCUUCAGAAGCUCCGAUUCUCCCUCCUGCAGAGUCUCCUCGAGCUGGUUCUCUGAGGAUUACUCCGGCUUUGACUCCAACGCCUGCUGCAUCGCCACCAGCCGUCACUCCAGGCCGCGCUCCAGCAACAUCGUCUCCUCCAACUGCUGUACUGCCAUCUGUUUCUCCUACAGCGCUUGCGGCCAAGGCAUCUGCUGUGCCAUCUGUUUCUCCUACAGCGCAUGUGGCCAAGGCAGGUGCUGUGCCAUCUGUUUCUCCUACAGCGCCUGCGGCCAAGGCAGCUGCUGCUCCUUCACCUAGCGGUGGUUCGGCGCCUCCUCCUCUAAGGACUUCCUUGGCGGGGCCUCCUGAAUCAAAGCUGUCACCUCAGGCGGCUGAAGCUCCCACUUUUACCGGCGGAUUGUAG